AUGAUUGGUGGAGCCGUGUCUCUUGUCGCUUUGUUCUUGAUCCUAUGCCUCAUUCCAGCAAGGCACAUCCCAUCUGACCUCGACCAUGUCCGUCAACUUGUGCAGAGGUGGUGGUGGUUUGGGUUCGAUGUCGCACUUCAAUUUGUGCGAUGGGUGAACCAGGGUAUUGUGCUCCAAGAGUCCACCAAAUGGAUGGAACAGAAUGGACGAACCUUCUCAGUGAAUUUUGCCGGACACACCAACAUAUGUACCGCAGAUGCUGUCAAUGCCAGGGCUGUAUUGAUGAACAAUGCCAAAGACUUUGAGAUCAGUUAUGUGCGGCAAAACGCCUUCCGCCCCGCUGUUGGAAACGGCAUUUUUGCCGCCAAUGGGCCGCAAUGGGCUCAUGGCCGGAAAGUUCUCAGUCGGGCCUUGACACACAGACAAGUGAGGGAUCUUGGCCAGUAUGAGACACAUGUCCAGAACCUCUUCGCUCACUUGCCAGCUGAUGGUACGACGAUUGAUCUUCGGGAUCUGCUUUCGUUGUUUACCAUGGACACGAGCACCCAUUUCCUCCUUGGUGAAUCCACGUCCUGGCUCACAACAGCCGGGUCAAAGAUGACACGUACACUCGACCAGGCCUUUGAUUAUGCCAUCGAGAUCAUGAGACUCGGCACAGAUCUUGGGUUCUUCGUCCAUUUGCAUUGGGAUGCAACGUUCAGACGGAGCUGUAAGCUUCUCCAUGACUUUGUGGACUCAUAUAUCAUCAGGAAUUCAAAUGCAGCCAUAGAAGCAUCCCAAUCAAGUCUUGAAGAAGCAAACCCAAGAAUAUUUCUCAAACAACUGGUCAUUUCAGGCAGCGACGCCAAAGCCACUCGAGACCAUGUUUUGUCUUCUCUUAUGGCGGGUCGAGACACCACCGCAUCACACAUCGGCUUUGUUAUUUGGAACUUGGCACGGCAUCCGAAGGUCCAACAGAAGCUUCGGGAUGCAAUAGCUUCCAUCGAAAGCCCUACCUUUUCCUUCAGGCAGCUGAGCGAGAUCACUUAUCUUUGGUGGGUCAUAAAAGAAGUUCUUCGUCUCUACCCCAGUGUUCCGGCCGAUGACAGAGCAUCGAACACCGAUACUCAAAUACCUCACGGAGGCGGGACAGAUGGCCGCCAACCUGCUUUUAUUCCAGCGGGCUGUAUCAUCGAUAUUCAUGUCUGGGCAAUUCAUCGACACAGAUCGCUCUGGGGUGAAGACGCCGACAAAUUCAGACCUGAACGGUGGGAGGAAUGCGAGAAUCCCAUUGGCUUUAUGCCAUUUGGACUAGGUCCCCGGACCUGUCCUGGCCAGGAGCUGGCCAUGAUUCAGACCGCCUACCUUACGGUCAGGCUUCUGCAGACCUAUAGCUCCUUAGAAAGUCGCGAUAAAGAACCAUUUCGCGAACGAGUGUCGCUCAGUCUGUCAUCGGAAAAUGGAUUUGAGAUAGCUUUGCGAAGGUAG